AUGUCCGAGGUUGAGCUAGUGAAUGAGACUGUGUCGUGGUGGAGGAUCUUUGGUAAUAAACCCAAAAAGUUCCUACAGGACCAUGAAGGGGAGGAGUCGUGUACCAAGAGCGAUCUUCUUUUGGCGUCCUCACAGGAGCUUGUUAAACACUUCUUUCAAGACAUCAUCUUCUGUGACGACUCCCCGGUCUCCCCCACAAAGUACUCACAAGCUGUUCAUGUUGUUGAUGGUACAGUGGCAGCAAACAGUCUAUUGCAGACCACGAAAGAAAUUGUUGGCGGGUUCCCAGAUUACGGUGUUGGAGGCCACCAACACUCCACCAGAAGUCCACCUGUUCACUCAUCUACCAGGCCAGCUGGCCACAUGUCCGCUGAGUCCGACAAUAACCUUGGUGGCUAUAAUGCCAUAACAGCGUCUAUUUACAGUACAAGUCAGCCUGGCCACCCCGAUCCUUCAAACGCUCAGGGCUACACCAUGGGCCAAGUUGGACACCUUGAACCUUCCAACAGUAGUACCGUUGGAGGUGAGAGCCUACUGGCGUCCUCGUGGAAGUUUCUUAAAUGUUCACAAGAAGACUUCAAUCCACAAACUUUUGCUGCUGUUCUUGAUAGUACAUUGGCAGCCAACAGUCCAUCACAGACCAGCAAAGAAAAUGUUAGCGGGUUCCCAGAUUACGGUGCUGGAGGCUACCAACCCUCCACUACAGGUCCACCUGUCCACUCUUCUAACAGCCACAUGUCCGCUGAGUACAACAUUAACCGAAGUGGCUGUGACGCCUCCCUUACAGCUUCUGUGUGCACCGUUAGCCAUGCUAGCCAACCAGACUCUUCCAACACUUCUUUCCCUCUCCCACCUUCCUCUCGUCAACCUACACUCCCACCUCUGUACAUUCUACCUUCUACCACUUCUACAUCCGGCAAUUAUUUCAUCAUGCAAAUGACAGAUGGCAGCCAGGCGUGUCAAAUGGUUCCCAUGAGUCUCGCCCAUAGUCAGCUAAACCGCCCACCUGCAUCACAGACAUUCAAUCCAAAGUUCAAAUCCAUUUGUCCAGAGUGUGGCAUUACAGCGACAACAAAGGGGCAUCUCAAGAGACAUCUGAAGUGCCAUGGUUCAAAUAAACGUUACAAAUGUCAAAUGUGUAGCUGUGCUUUUAGUCGAGCUGAUUACCUCAAACGCCACGUUGCAGCUGCACAUCCGAAAGACUAG